AUGCACAGUGACACCAUCUGCAGCAAGAUCAUGUUCCUGGCUGAAGAACACAGACCAGCUUCACCUACCUGUAGCGAUGUUUCUGAGAUAAGUCACAGGUCCAAGGAAGAACCAGAGGACUUCAGGAGUAAUCCAACGAGCCUGUCUGAAGAACACAGACCAGCUUCACCUACCUGUAGCGAUGUUUCUGAGAUAAGUCACAGGUCCAAGGAAGAACCAGAGGACUUCAGGAGUAAUCCAACGAGCCUGGCUGAAGAACACAGACCAGCUUCAUCUACCUGUAGCGAGAUUUCAGAGAAAAGUUACAGAUCCAAGGAAGAACCAGAUAACUUAAGGAAUAAUCAAACGCGCCUGUCUCAAGAACACAGACCAGCUUCACCUACCUGUAGCGAUGUUUCUGAGAUAAGUCACAGGUCCAAGGAAGAACCUUGGAACUUCAGGAGUAAUCCAACGAGCCUGGCUGAAGAUCCCAGACCAGCUUCACCUACCUGUAGCGAGAUUUCAGAGAAAAGUUACACAUCACAGGAAGAACCAGAUAACUUAAGGAAUAAUCAAACGCGCCUGUCUCAAGAACACAGACCAGCUUCACCUACCUGUAGCGUUGUUUCUGAGAUAAGUCACAGGUCCAAGGAAGAACCAGAGGACUUCAGGAGUAAUCAAACGAGCCUGGCUGAAGAACACAGACCAGCUUCACCUACCUGUAGCGAUGUUUCAGAGAAAAGUUACAGGUCCAAGGAAGAACCAGAUAACUUAAGGAGUAAUCAAUCGAGCCUGUCUGAAGAACACAGACCACAUUCACCUACCUGUAGUGAUGUUUCUGAGAUAAGUCACAGGUCCAAGGAAGAACCUUGGAACUUCAGGAGUAAUCCAACGAGCCUGGCUGAAGAACACAGACCAGCUUCAUCUACCUGUAGCGAUGUUUCUGAGAUAAGUCACAGGUCCAAGGAAGAACCAGAGGACUUCAGGAGUAAUCCAACGAGGUAA